AUGUCCGGACACUCCCUCGGAGGGCACCCCCGAGCCAACGAGGUCAAUGGCCAUGUUGAGCGCAGCAGAUAUAAAGACGAGGAGAUGGCAACUUCUCCGAUCGUUUAUUGCCUUCUGAGAUUACUGAAGCAUUACAAUGUCGCUUUCACGUUUGUUCUCCGCUCUGAUGUCCGUAAACCAUCCAUCUCUGACAUAUCCAUAGACACAGACCGUCCAACGCUGGAGGAGAUAAUAACGAAGCACCCCAUUCGUACUUCCUCGCUGACCGUCGCCACCUCCGACAUUACCACCCUUACAGAAUGUCUCGGGAAAACGCAGCUCCAGGAUAAACCAGUAACCAAACUGGUGUCAACGCCCGCGGAAGUGUCCGAUAUGCUCAAGUCCCUGGAAGACCUGCCAACCAGCCCACCAUCUCUAUACAUUGACUUGGAAGGCGUCAAUCUGUCGCGUCAUGGGACGGUCUCCAUUCUGCAGAUCUACGUCUGGCCGCAUGAUAAAACAUAUCUUGUUGACAUUCACACCCUUAAGAAAGAAGCAUUUACAACUAAAUCUUCCGCCAGCGGCACUGGCAGCGAUACAACCCUAAAGAGCAUCCUUGAAUCUCCGUCCAUCCCGAAAGUCAUAUUUGACGUCCGUAACGACUCGGAUGCGCUCUACGCCCACUUCCAAAUUAACCUUGCUGGCAUUCAGGAUUUGCAACUAAUGGAGCUAGCGACCAGAGGUUAUUCCCGAAGACGAGUCAACGGGUUGGCGAAGUGCAUUGAGUACGACGCAGCUAUGACUGCGUCAGAGAGGCGGAAAUGGAAAGAGACCAAGGAAAAGGGGGUUAAGUUGUUCGCCCCGGAACAUGGGGGAAGCUAUGAGGUGUUCAAUGAGCGACCGCUGAAGGAUGAGAUUGUAGAAUACUGUGUCCAGGACGUCAGGUUCCUGCCCAAGUUGUGGCAGGCGUAUGAUCGGAGGUUGACGGCCGGUUGGAGAACAAAGAUUGCAGUGGAGGUGAAGAACAGGAUCGUGUUGUCGCAGGCUGCAACAUUUGUGGGUAAGGGAAAGCACAUGGCGUUGGCACCAACUGGAUGGGCGUGA